UUAUCCAACAGCCAUCCACACACCGAAAUCCAAACUUGUGCGUAAGCAAGCAAUAACCCCUCCAACAAUAAUACCAGAAAGGGAUCAAAAGAGAGAAGAAAGUAAGUUUAACCAUGGCUACAACUUCUCUACACCCCAAAUCCCUGUCACCCUUUCUCACAAACCCACCUUCAUUCCCCUCUCCCCACUUCUCCAAACUCUCAUUCUUGCACCCACCACACCACUCUCAUUGCACCAAGAGACCAAACCUACUCCACACCCAGCAAGCCAUCAAUAACAAGAAGAAGAACCCCUGGCUCGACCCUUUCGAUGACGGUGAGGACCCUGAAAUGGAAUACGGCUCAUUGUUCACAGAAGGUAAGCAGGACGAGGACCCCCGACCACCGGAUAACCCUGACAACCCUUACGGGUUCUUGAAGUUCCCGGCUGGAUUCAGUGUGGAAAUCGCCUCAUUGGGACUGAAAAUAAGAGGAGAUGUUAGGCGGUGCUGCUGUGUGGUCUCCGGUGGUGUGUAUGAGAACUUGCUUUUCUUUCCGGCCAUUCAGUUGAUCAAGGAUAGGUAUCCGGGUGUGCAGGUGGACAUCAUUGCAUCAGCUAGAGGGAAGCAGACGUAUGAGCUGAAUAAGAAUGUGAGAUGGGCUAAUGUUUAUGAUCCUGAUGAUCAUUUCCCGGAGCCUGCCGAUUAUACGGAUAUGGUUGGACUUCUUAAGAAUAGGUACUAUGACAUGGUGUUAUCAACCAAACUAGCAGGGCUUGGCCAUGCAGCAUUCUUGUUUAUGACGACAGCUCGUGAUAGAGUUAGCUACGUUUAUCCAAAUGUAAAUGCUGCAGGGGCAGGAUUACUUCUGUCAGAAACAUUUACGCCAGAUAGUUUGAAUCUCUCUGAUGGAGGAUAUAACAUGUACCAUCAGAUGCUUGAUUGGUUGGGGAGACCAUUUCGAAGUGUGCCAAGGCAAGUUGUUCCUCCCCUCAGAGUAUCAAUUUCAAGGAAGCUUAAGGAGGUUGUAGAGGCAAAAUAUAAGAAUGCAGGGGCAGAGAAAGGAAGAUACAUAGUAAUUCAUGGGAUAGAAUCAGAUUCAAAGGCCUCGAUGCAAUCUAGGGGGGAUACUGAUAGCUUGCUACCCAUUGAAGUGUGGGAUGAAAUUGCAGAAGCAGUAAGGGGAUUUAGGCCAGUUUUUGUGAUUCCACAUGAUAAAGUAAGGGAGGAUGUGGAGGAAGUAGUUGGAAAUGAUGCAAGUAUUGUGUUUGUCACAACCCCUGGCCAGCUGGCAGCUCUCAUCAAUGACUCAGCUGGGGUAAUUGCUACAAACACAGCUGCUAUCCAACUUGCAAAUGCACGUGAAAAACCCAGCAUCGCAUUGUUUUGCUCUGAAGAAAAGGGGAAACUAUUUGUUCCCAAUGCAGAAGAGAAGAAAUGUGUCAUUGUCUCGUCCAAGACAGGAAAAUUAAUAGAUAUUGACAUUGAAGCAGUAAAAAGAGCAAUUCAAAUUUUUGAUGUGUCCUUAGCUCUAGCCUAAAAAGGAGAAGAGGGUCACUUCCUUUUCCCUUUUUUUUUUUUCCCAAAAAUUUGUUUUGUUAUUCUGGCUGUUUAGCUUUGUUUAAAUUUUAUUGUAUAAAUGAAUAUCAAUCUUUCUGAAGUGUUGGGGUUGGCUAAGCAUGACCUCAAAAUCAAUCAUGUAUAAAAGUGCAAAAUUCAAGUUUGUUAUUUGCCAAACCAGAUUCAACGAAAGGGGUUCAGUGGUUCAGCUC